CUCCAUCUCGACUUAAUACCCAAAAAGUCCGGUUCCGGAUUGUGAUUCGCACAUUUUUAGAUCAGAACUUCAUUCCUCUUCAAUAUUAACCCAUUUUCACUAAUUAACAAUAAAAGUUACCAAUCAACUAUUCAAAUAAAUCAUCUAUUGAUACCCAAAUAAGCAGCAUUAAAAUACGAAUAAUCAAUGAAUAAUUGAUUGAAAACGUGGGAGCCAAUUUUAAAUUUCCCCCGCGCGCUUGACCGUCUAGCGUAAUCGGAUUACGAACUUACACUCCAGCUGAGACGUUCCAACCGCAUCAGAACCAGAAGAAGUACUACUCCCUUAUAAAAAUAACAAUUGAUACUCCGUGUUAUUUAGACUUUAGAAUUAAAAAUUUAGAAUUCAGACCUUUUAAUGUAUUUUGAAUCCCAAUGAUGAAUCGUAGUAUAAUUAUUUUCUUACUUAUUUUCUCUAUUGAAAUAAUUUUAAUUAGAGCUGAUAAAAAAAAAUGAAACAACCACAUAACGAGAUAUUGAAAUUUAGAUUAAGUUAUAACGGAUUUUUAAUAUUUAUAUAUAUAUAUACCGACCAAUUAAUUUUUAUGAUUGUAAAUGAUAUUUCCAAUCUUAAAUGAGGAGCUGGUGUAUACCCCAACUACGUCUGGCCCAACUCUUAAUCCCAUCAUUAACCCUGGCGCCACUACGAAUUUUCUGCAUUUCCUCCAUCCCCUCCAUUUCGUCCAUCCCCUCCAUGUUCUCCUUGUGUCCUCAGGUAAGGCUCUGAGUACUCUAACAUCAUUCUUGUUAAUCAGUUAGAUCCCGAACUUCACCGAGAGCACUGAGUCCAUUCUAAGAUCAGAAAUCUCUGUAGUAAGAAUAUUUAAAAGUUGAGUGAAUUUGCCACCAUCGCAGUGUUCAGCAGUCGUUCCAGCCAACGAACCAGCCAUCAACAACCGCAGUGACUCUACUCAUCAAAAAGUCUUCCACAAUGGCCGCACCGAAAUGUCACGCUCAGUGGAAGUUGUACCGAGUCAUCAGUGGACAUCAGGGAUGGGUUCGCUGUUGUGCGGUGGAACCUGGCAAUGAGUGGUUUGCCACAGGAUCUGGGGAUAGAGUGAUAAAAAUCUGGGAUCUCGCUAGUGGCGUUCUGAAAGUCUCCCUGACUGGACACAUCAGUAGUGUCAGAGGUUUAGCAGUGUCUCGUAGGCAUCCGUACUUAUUUUCAUGUGGCGAAGAUGGACAAGUGAAAUGCUGGGAUUUGGAAUACAAUAAAGUAAUUCGUCAUUAUCAUGGACAUCUGUCAGCCGUCUACUCCAUGGCACUUCACCCAACAAUCGACGUCCUGGUGACAGCUGGUCGAGACUCCACAGGACGAGUCUGGGACAUGCGAACCAAAGCAAAUGUUCACACUCUAGUGGGACACACAAAUACCGUCGCGAGUGUUAUCUGUCAAGCAUCCGAGCCCCAGAUAAUCACUGGAAGUCAUGACUGCACCAUCAGAUUGUGGGAUCUGGCUGCUGGUAGGAGCAGGGUGACCCUGACUAAUCAUAAAAAGAGUGUGCGAUCAGUGUGCUUUCAUCCUACGCAAAAUAUGUUCGCUUCGGCUUCCCCCGACAACAUUAGACAGUGGAAAUGUCCUGAUGGAACGUACCUUCAGAAUUUAUCUGGACACAAUGCUAUCGUCAAUUGUCUGGCUGUUAAUGAGGAUGGAGUAUUGGUCUCGGGGGCUGACAAUGGCACGAUGCACCUCUGGGACUGGAGGACUGGCUAUAACUUCCAGAGACUGCAGGCCCCUGUACAGCCUGGAUCCAUGGAUAGUGAGGGUGGCAUCUUCAGCGUCACGUUUGAUAUGUCUGGAACUAGGAUGAUCACCACUGAGGCGGAUAAGACGAUCAAGCUUUAUAAGGAGGACAAUACUGCCAACGAGGAGACACAUCCGGUCAAUUGGAGACCACAUGUCAUUAAGCGAAGAAAAUAUUAAUUCAUAAGACAUUUCUUUAGAGUAUUUGUAAUGUAUAAUUGUAAAUAAUUUUAUAAAUAUAAGGGAUUUUUAUAAAGUAUGGAAUGACCAUCAAAAACAAAAUCUUGAGGCGUUCAAAUUUAUUUAUAAUGAGUUAUUCGCUGUGCAGUUUGUAUAAAAAAUGAAAAUAAAUGAAUAUUAUAAUUGACGAGGACAUUUCAUUGGAUUUAUAAUUCCUCGUCGAGAUGAUAAUUUUCUUCUGGGAAAUGACCUGCUCUGACGGAGGCCGGCUUCACAAAGCCACCAUAUUUGGAGUUAUUUGAUUUUACAAACUCAGGUUCAGGGACUCCUCUACUUUAUUUUUUAA